UAACUGUUCAAUGUUGGCACAAGAGCGUCGAGGAUGCAGUAACUGAAUAGUACAGAUGUGCAGUCUGAAGCUUGUGUCAGUGCUGAAUGACAAGGAUGUCAUCUAACAGUACAUGUUAAGAUUGUGUCUAAGUGCUAUAUUAGCGAAACGCACAGUUUUAGAUUUUGGUUUGGGAUUAUCAGAAGUCAGCAAAAGGAGAGAAUUUCAGCCAUCAUUGGAAGAUUUGCUAUUAUUUCCUUGGCAUCUGCAUCAUUUGAGCUUCCAUUCAACUUCUUACUGUGCAGCACCCUGAACAUGCUAGGACUCCAUAGAAUGUAAUUUUGAUGCCUUUCAGUGACUAAAGUGCUACUUCAUCCAUUUUCUAUUUACCUGAAGAGAGCGAGAGAGACAGUUUGCAAUUGACUGUGAUUCUGAGUGAGGGGCCUUGCAAGCGUUUCUGAUUGUUGUGUACAAUGGAUUUAAUUGCAUACCUGAAGACCCAUUUUAUAAUUCACCUCAUCAUUGGGUUUGUGUUCUUAGUGAGUGGACUAAUCAUUAACUUCAUUCAGCUAUGUACAGUAGUCAUCUGGCCAUUAAACAAACAACUGUACCGCAGAAUCAAUUGUCGCCUUGCCUAUUCACUCUGGAGCCAAUUGGUAAUGCUUCUGGAAUGGUGGUCAGGCACUGUUUGCACAUUGUUCACAGACCAGGCCACUAUAGACAAGUUUGGGAAGGAGCAUGUAAUCAUCAUACUAAAUCAUAACCAUGAAAUUGAUUUUCUGUGUGGCUGGACCAUGUGUGAACGCUACGGAGUCUUAGGGAGUUCAAAAGUCCUGGCUAAAAAGGAAUUGUUAUAUGUUCCACUGAUUGGCUGGACAUGGUACUUCUUGGAGAUAGUUUUUUGCAAGAGAAAAUGGGAAGAAGACAGAGAUACAGUGAUUGAGGGGCUCAGGCUUCUUGCAGAUUAUCCUGAAUAUAUGUGGUUUCUCCUGUACUGCGAAGGGACUCGGUUUACAGAGAAAAAACAUCGAAUUAGCAUGGAAGUAGCUGAAUCCAAAGGCCUGCCAAAGUUAAAGCAUCAUUUGUUGCCUAGAACAAAAGGUUUCACCACUGCAGUCCAGUAUCUCAGGGGAACAGUUUCAGCCGUGUAUGAUGUAACAUUAAACUUCAGAGAAAACAAGAAUCCAUCUCUGUUGGGAAUUCUUUAUGGAAAGAAAUAUUAUGCUGAUAUGUGUGUAAGGAGGUUUCCCCUUGAAGAUAUUCCAGAUGACGAGAAGGAGGCUGCAAAAUGGCUUCAUAAACUUUAUCAAGAAAAGGAUGCCUUGCAAGACCAGUAUAUAGCGGAAGGUAAAUUUCCUGGACAGGAGUUUAAGCCUCGUAGAAGACCAUGGACUAUUCUGAAUUUCCUCUUCUGGGCUACCCUAAUCCUUUCUCCUCUGUUCAGGUUUACCUUUGGAGUUUUUGCAAGUGGGUCUCCACUAAUGAUCAGUGCAUUCUUAAUAAUUUUUGGAGCAGCAUCAUUUGGAGUUCGUAGACUUAUAGGGGUAACUGAGAUUGAAAAGGGAUCUAGUUAUGGAAACCAGGAAUUUAAGAAGAAUGACUGACACUGCUGGUGUAACAUCAAUUUUAACCAAAUGCUGGUAACUGGAAUAUAUUUAAUAACACUUUAGAAAUUUUAAAGUACUGACAAAUAACAAGAAACUCCGGAAUGUGAACUACUGCAGAAGUCUUAACAUUAUGUGGAGAUUUAGAGAUGAAAACGGCAAAUAUCAGUGAAAAGAAGCUUUGGAGGAAAUUACUGUGAAAAAGAAGAAAAGCAUGCUGUCAUAAAAUACAGUCUUUUGUUUUAUCAGAUUUACCAGAAAAAUUCAGGUGCAUCUAAACUUCAGCAUGAGCAUAAUUAUUGUCCAUAGCUAAUCAAAUGCUUAUCAUUUCAAGAGUUACUAUGUAGGGUUUGUUUGUGUUUUCCGUAUCAGAGUUAUCAGGCACAGUCUGAAUGUGUGAAUUGUUUACCCGAAGAAUCAACAUAUUUUUCUCACUGCUUUGUUUUAUUUUUAGUGUUUUUAAUAUUCUGUAUUGCAUUAUGCAGGUAAGAUUUUUUAACAUACUUUUUUUAUACUUUAGAUUAUGACAUUGGUAGGUAGUAGUGGUCAGCAAUUUAUUUAAUUUAAGUGGAAAGGCUUAGAAUCCUUACUUCUUCCCCAAUAGUUUUUUUGUCCAUCUAGUUGUUACAACUCUGACAUUUUCCUGUUCCCCAACUAUGUUUAUUUAACUGUUAACUUUAUCAUGAAAUGCAUUUUAAAACAAGAAAUACCUCUUCAGCUUUGCUUAAGAACAUUUAACCUCUGCAGUAUUACUUGCCCUUUAUUUUACAAAGCAUUUUAACAAAAUGAAAACUAGCUGUUUCAUAAUAAAUGAACAAAGUUUAAUAUUUGUAUAGAGUCACGGCUGGAGCCUGCCAAAUAAAUAGCCAUUAGUGAAUAAGCAGUAACAAAAUAUAAUGGCAAUAAAACAAGACAAAUUAAAA